AUACAAAUUCUUCGUAUCAAUCAACCAAGAAAACGAACAAAAAAAUCAGAUCAUAGUUUGACUGCCUUACCUCACAUACGACGCAUUGUUUAGAAAAUAUUUCAGAAGGAGAUAUUUUUUCCGUUACACGGUCUUGAUUUUUGAGGGUUUGGUUGCGAUUAUAAAACCAGUUGGUCGUGAAGCGGUUCAUCCCGAAUCGGAAUUGAAGUUGGGUUUCAGAUUUGAUUGAUUUCGGAAAUAACUAUUCUAUCUCUGUCGAUUAAUGGCAUCAUUCAGUCGGCGUAAGGCACAACGUUCUGAAAUGCUUGGUUUUUCCGUCGAAGACUCUCCAAUAAUGGGCAUUCCACAUCGAACACUACCCGUGGGUUCCGUUUUCGUCCCCCAAACGGAACUUGAUUGUUAUAAGUUGGCCACACCCAGACGGAAGCUGUAGUUGGCUUCCAAAGAGAGAAUUAAUGCAGGGAAAGCUUCGAAAUCUGUGGAGAUAUUGGAGACCAAAAUGGAAGAUGCACCUACUCCUGCGCGUCGAAUUACACGUUCCAUAACCGUUCUUAUAGAAUCUAAGGAACGGGAUUCCCCUCUGAAAGAAGUACUGAAAACCCCAGCCCACAAUGAAAAAGGCGAGAAGAGGCCUCCUGGCAACGUAGAAGAAGAAGAUGGCGAUGCAGUCGAUCCCGAAAGUAAGCAAACCCACAACACAGAACUAUUCAUUCAUCAUCCACCCGGAGAAUCGAUUCGGUGGAACUAUCAAUGUCUUCUACAAGAACGAUGUGAUUUUAAUACUGAAGGCCAAAUUGAACAAUAUGCAGAAAGAGAUGUUCAGAAGUUCUUGUUUUGGGCACUUCCUCCAGAUGAGCGAAAUGCGGAUACAUCAAAUUAUUCAUAAGAUGCUGAUGCUUGAGAUCAGGCAACCGAACGAAGAUGAAAUGUGGUUCGAACUAGAUGGGAAGAUUCUAAGGUUUUUUGAACUGUUUUAGUCAGCUCAUUCGUUUGUUGUUUGAUUUUGCUUUAUUUAUGUGUCGACUAAGUGACAAAUUGGUAGCCAGCAAGACUUGCUGCAAAUUUUUUUGCGUUUUUGCGAAACGGGGAAGUUUAUGUAUUAUGAAAGAUGCUUGUAUUUUGGUAUUUACUGAAUGCUGCACACCAGAA